GAAGCCUAGCUCCCAGCUUCCUAUUACCCUUUUGUCAACCAAAUUUUAAAUUUCCGACACCAUGCUGGUAAGCUGCCCGGUGAUUUCACCGGUGAAGAAACUGGUAACUGAGCUGAGGAAACACCACGUCAUCCCUCGGCUGUUGGCCUGUAUGCCAACGGAGGUGAUCUCUGUGCUAUAUCCCUGCGACAUUGACAUCAAACCGGGCGUUACGAUAGUGAUCUAUGAGGUGAUCAAACAGCCAAUCAUACGGUUUAAGGCCGAACCAGAUCGUUUCUACACACUGAUGAUGGUCGACAUGGAUGUACCGAUGGAGGACAAAAACACCAGUUGGCUCAUCUGGCUGGUGGGCAAUGUUCCGGGUUGCAAUGUGGCUUUGGGUCAGACGAUUGCGGCCUACGAGAACAGGCGGGGCAUGACGGGUAGUAAUAUCCAUCGAGUCGUCUUUCUGGUCUUCAAGCAGUAUCUGGAAUUGGACUUCGACGAGAUCCUAAUACCCGAGGGCGAGGAGAAGGGGCGUUCCAAUUUCAAUUGCCAUCGUUUCGCCAGAAAGUACGCCCUGGGCAACCCGAUCGCUGCCAAUUUCUAUCUGGUGGAAUGGGUAUGGCGAUGGACACCAACGUUUCUGAACGAGGCAGACGAAUAAAAUGUAUUAUAUAAGUUUCUUAUGUUUUGAUCUUUCAAAAUGGGUUAAUGGAUGGUAUUAAAAUUAAAAUUAUUUUGAUUAAAUCCAAAGUUUAUCUAAAUUGUUUCAUUAUUUCUGAUUAAUACAAUCUUCACAUCAUGUCAUCGAAGACUUUACUGCAUAAUAUGCUAUAGGUAACCAUAACUAUUCAUUUUCAUUGAUAAAGAAACCUACUAAUAAUAUUUCAUCUCCAUUAAGUGCGUUUUAAAUUGAUUUUCCCAAUCCAAUGCUUCUUUCCACUUAGUUAUUAUAUUUCAGAUAAUAUAAACAUAAUUAGUCACAGUAUCUAAAUGCCUUGUUAUUUAUUUCAAUUAAUACCAUUCUGAUAGCACCUAUUAA